GAGAGAGAAGAAGACGAAGGUUCUGGUUUUUAUUAUCCUAUCCAAAUAUUCAGCUCAGUGUUGUUUCUUCCUUCACAAAAGGAUUUUGCAGAAGGUUUUGAGCAAUGGCGGCUCUGCAGAGCUCCUUUACUGGUCUCUCCAUCUCCUCCACCUCCUUCUUCGGCCAACGCUUCUCUCCUCCUCUCUCCCUUCCUCUGGUUAAAUCAGCAGAAGGUCCAUGUUUGAUUACAGCAAAGCUUAAGCGAUGGGAGCGUAAAGAAUGUAAGCCAAACAGCCUUCCAGUACUACACAAAAUGCAUGUAAGGCUGGGUGAUACUGUAAAGGUAAUCUCCGGCCAUGACAAAGGUAAAAUUGGAGAGAUUACCGAGAUCAUCAAGCACAACAGCAAAGUAGUAGUAAAAGAGGUGAACUUGAAAACCAAGCAUGUGAAGAGUCGGAGUGAGGAGGAACCAGGCCAGAUAGUCAAGAUUGAAGCUCCUAUUCACAGCUCAAACGUGAUGCUUUACUCAAAAGAGCAGAAGGUAGCCAGUCGGGUGGGUCACAAAACGUUAGACAAUGGAAAAAGAGUCCGGUACCUCAUUAAAACUGGGGAAAUCAUCGAUAGUGCAGAGAACUGGAAGAAAGCAGUCAAAGAGAAGGGGAAAACAACAGAAGCAGUAGCUGCUGCUUCCUAGGAGAUCCACUGGUCUGUAAAUUCUAGUUCGAUUUUGCUAAUUUUGAAUCUUCUCUCAUUGAUAUAUUAUGAUUCUGUUAUCACCUUCACUUUUUUAAAUCAGUAACAUAAGAUUUUAUAUUAAAGUACAUUUACUCAAAAAUUCUGUUUGCCAGUACAUUACGUACUAGAGUUUGAUGGUUA